AUGUGUUGGGACCUAUUUUCAGGGAGUCAGGAUUUGAUGGAGAAGGAGAAGGAGAAGGCGGAGGCAGAGAUGCUACUCGCUUGCGUAGGCGUGGGUGUUGGCGCACGUGCGCACACAAGCCAGGUUGUUUGCCGCUUGCCUGCUUGCUUGUCUGCGUGUGUGUUAGUGUCGGCGGCAGCGGCGGGAUACAUCAAAGCCGGACAGCCAAUGGACAGCAGAGACGUCCUCCUCGUUCUCGUUCUCUCGCCAGCAGCAGUGACGACGGUAGCGCCGACGGCAACAGCACAGCCCUCUCCGCUCACACAUCGGCCAGUCACUCCGCUCGAGUCGCGUGCUUCUGCGUCACGUCUAAAUUACGUGCGGACUAGCACCACCCUAAUAACGUCGUGUCGCGCCGCCACUGUUUCCCUGCCCGCAUGCGCAUACGCACGCACGAGAUGCUUGCGUGCCUAUCUCACGCCCCAUGCUAACCUACCCUCACCGCCAUCGCCUGUGCCCCACGCUUUCUCCUAG